AGUCCGGACCGGCCGAUGAUUGCAGGCAUUUCUUCCUUAUCGUACGUCUUCCGCUCGACAAUCGAAGACGAAGCUGAAGCGGACACAAAGCCCCUCGACUUCUUUUCCCGGGCUCUCGAUCUCGAUCGGAGGAACCACCACGAAGCGGCGGUGAUGGCGGCGACCCCCGAUCUUCUCUUCGGCCUGCGCAACAGCUUCUACUUGGGCGCCUACCAAGCGGCCAUCAACAGCAGCGACAUCCCCAACCUCCCCGCCGACGACGCCCUCGAGCGCGAUGUACUCGUCCACCGAUCCUACAUCGCACUCGGAUCCUACCAGCUAGUCAUCAAUGAGAUUGAUUCGUCGGCUCCUACUGCUCUCCAGGCCGUCAAAUUGCUCGCCCUUUACCUCUCUGAAAACAAGGCUGCUAUUUCAAGCCUCCAAGAAUGGUUUAGUCAUGCUGAAAUAAGCAACAAUCCCAUUCUUCGACUAAUUGCCGGGACCAUAUACAUGUAUGAGCAAGACUACAACGAGGCACUUAAGCAUACCAACUCUGGGGGAAGUAUGGAACUGCAUGCUUUGAAUGUUCAGAUAUUCAUUAAGAUGCACAGGUCAGACUAUGCUGAGAAACAACUCAAGAUCAUGCAACAAAUCGAUGAGGACCAUACACUUACACAACUUGCAAAUGCAUGGUUGGAUCUGGCAAUGGGUGGUUCCAAGGUCCAGGAAGCAUAUCUUAUUUUUCAGGACUUCUCUGAGAAGUAUCAGAUGACUGGAACAAUUCUGAAUGGCAAGGCUGUCUGUUGUAUGCACAUGAAUCGCUUUGAUGAGGCUGAGUCCUUAUUGCUCGAAGCACUGAACAAGGAUGCAAAGGAUGCAGAAACUCUGGCCAACCUUGCUGUGUGCAGUCUUCACCUAGGCAAACCUUCAUCACGAUAUCUCAAUCAGUUGAAGUUGUCACAUCCUGACCAUAUGCUUGUUAGAUGUCUAGCAUCCGCUGAAGACAACUUUGAUAGAGCUGUUCAAUCCAUUGCAUGAGGUCUCAGAUUAUGAUUUGCAAGAGAGUGGCAUAGUAGUCUUCUGCUUAAUUUUCCUUGAAUUUUGACCAUCUUGUUUUGUGAUUGUACGACUAGUUGAAUCUCAUCAAUAAGCAACUUAGUGGGAUUGGAUUCACUAGCGAUGUCCACUGAUAUUUUCUGUUAGGCUGAACCAUGAACUGAGUUCAGAUAUGCACUGUCAUGCCUUGUUAGUCUCAUCAUCUAUAAAAAGUUGCAUCAUUUCUGAAAAAAGAUUAGCUGUUGUAUCAAUGAACACAAUUUCUAUAAUUUUCUCCAA